AUGGGAGUGGAGAGGCGUAAAUCCAACAAAGUCCCCGUGGUGCAGCCGUCCCAUGCAGUCCACCCACUCACCCCACUGAUCACAUACAGCGACGAGCACUUCGCACCAGGUUCUCAUUCCGGCCAUCACCCCCAGGAUGUCAGCAACAAACAGGGAAUGCCCAGGCAUCAUCCAGGACCAGACAUGCCCAACUUCUACUCCCUGUCCCCGGGCGGAGUGGGGCAGAUCACACCGCCGCUGGGAUGGUUCUCCCACCACAUGGUGCCCGGCCCCCCUGGUCCCCACGCCACAGGGAUCCCCCACCCAGCGAUCGUCAACCCACAGAUCAAACACGAGCCCCAACAUGAAACUGACAUCAUGCACAUGAAACCCCAGCACGAACAGAGAAAGGAGCACGAGCCCAAAAAGCCGCACAUCAAGAAGCCGCUAAACGCCUUCAUGCUCUACAUGAAAGAGAUGCGUGCGAACGUGGUCGCUGAGUGCACGCUGAAGGAGAGCGCCGCCAUCAAUCAGAUCCUGGGACGAAGGUGGCAUGCUUUAUCUCGGGAAGAGCAAGCUAAGUAUUAUGAGUUAGCCCGCAAGGAACGGCAGCUCCACAUGCAGCUCUACCCCGGCUGGUCUGCUCGAGACAAUUAUGGAAAGAAGAAGAAGCGGAAGAGGGAGAAGAUGCAGGAAUCGGCCACAGGAGGAAAACGGAACGGUUUCUCCACGUGCAAAGCGAAGGCAGCAGCUACAGGCCCUCUGCUUGAGAUGGAGGCCUGUUAG